AUGUUUUGCUGCGGCUCCACGGACGAGCAGGCGCCGUCGAGCGCGCCGCCGCAGUCGCCGGCGGCCGGAAAGUCCGACGCGACGCUGGUGACGAUUCAGUAUUGCGGCAGCUGAGGCUACUCCAAGUACGCCAAGCAACUCCAGUCGACCAUCGAGGAGGAGUGCUCCGGCGUGACCGUGACGCUCACGUCCGACGAGGGCAAGACGGGCAGCUUCGAGGUCUUCCUCGGCGACGCGCUCAUCCACUCCAAGGCCACGAAGGGCCAGGACAAGUGCGAGAGCGCGGCGAGCGUGCAGCGCGUCAUCGACGCGAUCAACGGCGACGACUAG